AUGUACAAUAAUUAAUCGAGCACACAGCAUUAGCAAUUGCAAUAACAAUUUCAGCAUAACUCCUCUCACUUGGUUUCAGCUAAUAACCAAUCACAGGGUCUUCAUCAAACAUUGAAAGGAAACUCAAAUAAUGUUGGUAGUCCUUAACACAAUCUGAGUAUAGUGACCCCUCUCUAGUAUCAAAGCCCUUACUCAUCUUAAAACAAUGGGAGUAUUGGAGCAGGAUCCGCAAUUUAAAGCUUCAAAACACCGUAACAUCAGAAAACUAUAAACUCAAAGCAUAUUUUAGCAAAUCACAUCAUAAAUACUACUUAAUCUGGAACACCUUAAAUGUCUAGCAUUCAGCAUUAUUAAUCCUAAGUCAAUCACAAUUCCAAUAGUAGUAAUAAUUCUUUAGCAAGCAAUAGUGGUAUUUAUAGCAGUCAACCCUAGUUUUAUUCAGUUCUCCCUACUAGAUUGAUGGCUAAACCAAAUAUGUUUGGAAAACAUGGAGGUAUUCAAGCCAGAUAUGAAGACCAAGAAGAAUCUGGAAUUCCAUUGACACAAUAAGGUGAUCCAUUAAGUCAAAAUUAUUAUUCAACUAAUAACAAGAAUAGCUAGAAUUAGGAAAACGGUAACAGCAAUUCUGGAAAUGUUCCUUUACCAAAUUCUACUUCUUUUCUCACUCAUAAACUUGCAUAGGAUUAAAAGGAAAGAGCUCAAUCUCUAGUAAUGAACUAGGCAAGAAAGAAAAUGGCUUCAAUAAGACACUCAUUGGAUGUUAAGUCAUCAAUGAUUCAACCAAAUUUUAAUACUUUGACAACACCCACAAAUGGUUAAUAAGCUUAAAAUGAGUCUCUCUCUCAUAAAUAUAACUAGAGCUUAAACAAGCAAUCUAAAAUUAGUUAGUCUGCAAUUGAGAUAAUUAGAAAUAAUCCUCUUAGUUCCUCUUAAAGAAAUCCUAUUCCAAUUUAAGCUAAUUCAAUACUUGUAAAAAAUCUUAAUAGUUCUAGUUCGAACAAUAUACCUGCAAUUCAACCUUCCAAGAUUUCUCAAAAACCAUGGGGAGCUAUAUAGGCCUAUGCAGCCAAUACACAUAAUGGCAUUGCUAGAGGCUAUAAUGAAGAUCGAGUAUCAAUAGUACUUGAUUUAAAGAAACCAGGAGCUUAAGGUAAUAGUCAAGUGAAAAAGGUUUCUUUCUUUGCUGUAUUCGAUGGCCAUGGUGGUUCAGCAUGUGCAGAAUAUCUUAGAGAUAAUCUCCAUCUGUUUGUUGCCCAAUAAGAAGGCUUCCCAAAUACCCCAGAAAUAGCCUUAAAAUAAGGGUUCAAAUAAGCUGAAGACGAAUUUAUGAAGUAAAAUCAACAAAUAAUAAAAGAAAAGUCAGGUUCUUGUGCCUGUGUAGUAUUAAUUGUAGAUGAUAUAGUUUAUACAGCCAAUGUCGGAGAUUCUAGAGCCAUUAUAUCUAUGAAUAACGGUUAGAGGUCAGAUUCAUUAACAAAGGAUCACAAGCCCAGUGAAGAUUUUGAGAAGAAGAGAAUAAUAGCUAAUGGAGGCUAGCUAUAUUAGAACAAUCAGAUCCUUCAUACUGGUGGAGUGGCCUAAGGAGCAGCUUCGAUGAAUAUAGGACCUGUAUCUAGAACAUUUGGUGAUGCUCAUGCCAAGCUAGAGCAGUUUGGAGGAAAUCCUAAGGUGGUUGUGGCUGUUCCUGAUAUAACUCAUUUUAAGUUAAAUGAAAAUUCCCAUGAUUUUAUCUUAAUUGCCAGUGAUGGAAUAUUUGAUCGUCUCUCUACUUCAGAAACUAUCGGCUACGCAUGGCAACUUUAGCACAAUAUCAACAGCUAGUCCUAAUCUCAAGACAUCUAAAAUACAAAUAUUAAUGAAAUAUGUGGUUAAGCUGUUGAGAGAGUGCUUAAAGCUGGAAUGAUUAAGGAGUCUCUAGAUAAUCUAAGCGUAGUCAUGAUUGCUUUCAAAAAUUUUGCGAAGUUCUUAGACAAUCUCACCUAGCAGAAUCCUUUAUCUUAAUAAAUGCAUCAUUAACAGGAAAGCAGAUAACCUAUAUAAAAAUAAGACUUCAUCGACCGCUAAUAUUUAUCCUCUCGAGGAAAUCAGGUUAUUUAAAGUGAGUAGCAGACCUAUAGACCAGCAAAGGAUUUAUAAAAAUUUGAAAAUAAAAGCUUUAGAUUUAUGCAAGCAUCCCUUUAACCUUCUCUUUAGUAAUCCAUUAACUACUCAGAUAGAUACAAGAAAAAUUAAUAAUGA